UCUCUCUCUCUCUCUCCCUCUCUCUUUCUCUCUCUCUCCGAUGGAAAAGCAUCUAACCACCAUCUCUUCGCCACCGCCGCCUCCGCUGUCAACUUCUCCGACCACCUUCGUCCAAGCCGACCCAAACUCCUUCAGAGACCUCGUCCAGAAGCUCACCGGCUUUUCCGGUCACUCCGAAAAGCUGCCGGUUACCCACCUCUCCAAACUUUCCUCUUCGAAUCCCUUACCUCCCGCCACAGACCAUCAUACCGGUCCCCGCCGGUCUCCGUUCAAGCUCCAAGAGCGCCGUCACACAAUACGAAAGCUAGAGAUCAAACUCGGCCCCACUGGAAUUUUCAAAAACUCGCCGAGUCACCCUCGCCGAUUCGACUCGCCCAUUCCGAGUCCGGUUACGCCUCUCGCCGCCGAGUUCCGGUUUUUACGGAAGCCCAGCGCAGCCUCGCCACUGACGCCGCCGGUAACGGCAGAGGAUAAAGCCAUAGCCGACGGCGGCUUUUACCUUCACCCGUCUCCGAGGAGCUCACAGCCGCCGGAGCUCUUGAAUUUGUUCCCGUCUAAAUUCGCCAAUUGAGCAAUCUCAAAAUGCAUAAAAGAACGAAAAUGAAAAUUGGGGGUUCCUUUUUU